CUCGCACCUGAACUUGUACCACAACCACAAGGUAUUGUUUACCAAAGAAUCUUACGUUAAUUUAAAAAUGAACAGGAAGGCCAUCCUUUGUUUCUUAUAUACGACACUGUUGAUUAUCCCAGCUCCGAUUUUAGGAAGAGUUGUGGCCGAAAAAAAAGAAGAAAAGCGGAAUGUAGGUGUAUUACCAAUUGCAGCGUACGCGGGAACGACAGUCGCACUUCCGGUAUUUCUAGCUUUGGUAGCAGCCUAUGGCGUUUGGGCAGUUGUCAGAUAUAAUAUUCGUUCACGAAAUGAAAGUCAUUCCUGUGCCAAUAACAGGGGUUGGUGUCGUCCAUAUUGUUUCCGAAAGGAGUACAUUGACUGGUACCAUAGUGAUAUAUGUGGAUCUAACAAAUUUUGUCGUUAUCAUUAAAAUAAAGAUCUUUUAGAUAUGACAGAAUGACUUGUAAUAAUAAAUAAACAUCUAACAUUUA